AUGGGGCAUGAUAGAGAAUUCAAUUUUGUGAAGUAUCGCAUUGACGAACUCAACGAAAAAACAUACACAUACAAUUACACAUUGGUAGGAGGUGAUUCCAUGGAAGCAAAGCUCCAGAAAAUAACUUAUGAGAUCAAAUUCGAGCAGGCAUCGGAUGGUGGUUCAAUCUCUAGGGUGACCAGCAACUAUUAUACAGAUGGUGAUUUUGUGCUCAAAGAAGAAGAUAUCAAGGCAGGCAAAGAAAAGGUCAUGGCAAUGUACAAGGUUGUGGAAGCUUAUCUUCUCCAAAAUCCCGACGCCUACUCUUAA